AUGCAACUAUUUCCAUUCAAUUUAUUCCUUCUAUUUGCGCUCGGCCCAAAGGAGUGGGUGGAGACAGCCACAAGCAAGGAAGCGGAUGACUUUACCACGCCCAGUCCCGCCUGGAUUGAGUACCAGCGCAUUCGCUUCAGUUUAGGUGCAGGAGAUCCGAAUAUUCUAACCAGCGCACUGAUUAUGGGCAGCUCCACCCAGUCACCCAUUCAGGCUGUGACCCCCAAGGUGGAGACCACGUCCCGCCGACACUCGUCGCAUUCGACAGAGAACAACUUGGAGGAGGAGACCACAGAGCCAUCGGCAGAGAGCGGGGAAGGAGAGAACGAUAGCGAAAUUGAGUUACCCAGCAUGCACGGCUUCCUCAAGUUUCUUAAAUCCAUGCAGAACAGUUGGAUCAAGAAGUCAGCGCUGAGCAUUGAGAAGAAGAUCAAACUGCUGCAGAACCUUCGCGACAAUCUCAUGCGGAUGAUUGAGCAACAUUUCGCGGUUCUGUGGCAGCCAACGGACCGAAAGAGGCGCAGGCGUCGCGGCCUGAUGGAUGAGGCAGCAAUUGACUUCCCACCCGAAACAGCGAUCUUGAGCAUUAAUUUCCUCACAUUCGCUGUGUUCCUCAUCAAGCUGGUUAUGCAAGUGGUGAAGAUUGUUAAGAGCAAACAUUACACCUUGUCCGGCUUCAGUUUUAAUCGUCAAGUGUUGAAAAAUACCUAA